GGAAAAUACUUUAAACACCUAUUAAUGUUUUUAAUAUAUAUAUUUAGAUUCCCACAGAGAAGAUUCAGACAGCGAGAGAGAGGAGCCUCCAACAACGAGUGGCGGCCCAAGUGGACCUCCAGACAUUUCCAAAUCAAGAACUGAUAGUCCAGUCCAGCCGCGUCUGAAACUCUAUCCGAGGACACUCCAGGGCGACAGGCGCAGAAACUUUCAGGCAUCGUGGUACUCUAUCCACACAUGGCUUGAAUAUUCACUGUCACAAGACUCAGCAUACUGUUAUGCAUGCAGGCAUUUUGGCCUCCCACACACAGAGUCAGUGUUUACGUCAGCCUUGGGUUUUAAAAACUGGAAAAAGGCAACAUUCAGAGAUGGAGGGUUUUGUGGACAUGCAAAGGGAGAGGGUCACACAAAUGCAAUGAUUGCUUGGAAAGAAUAUGAGAGAGCAGAUAAAGCUGAUGCCUUGUUAAUGAGUACUUUAAGUAAAGAACAUCAUAAGCAGAUAGAGGAAAAUCGUGCCUACAUAAAAAGUUUAGCAGAAGUCCUACUGUUAACUGCAACCCAGAAUAUUUCACAGAGGGGACACAAGGAGACAGUAGAUGCAGACAACAGGGGAAACUUCUUGGCUAUAUUGGACAUGAUUGCUAAACAUGACCCAGUUGUUAAAAAGAAAAUGACAGGGCCUCGCAAUGCAAAAUACACGAGCCACCAAAUUCAAAAUGAAGUUUUGGAUACAUUAGCUGAAAUGGUACGCGCUUCCAUCAUAAACGAAGUCAAGGAGAGUGAAGUCUUUUCCCUUAUGGCAGAUGAAACUAAAGACCUUAAAAAAAAGGAGCAGAUCUCUUUAGUGUUAAGAUAUUAUUAUGCAGGAGCCGUAAAAGAGAGCUUUUUGCACUUUGAAUCUGCAGACCGCCUAGAUGCUGCAGGCCUGACGCAUAAAAUAAUACAGGUACUUGAGAGAUGUGGCUUGGAAUACAAAAGUAACCUGAUCGGGCAAUCAUAUGAUGGGGCUUCUGUCAUGAGUGGCAAGCACUCAGGCGUUCAGGCUCGUAUUAAAGAGGUGGCAAAACAGGCCUUUUAUGUACAUUGUAAUGCCCAUUGUGUUAAUCUUGUUCUUGUGGACACAGUUAAGGCAGUACCACAAGCUGAAUGUUUUUUCGCAUUGUUGCAGAGACUCUAUGUAUUUGUGUCUGGCUCGUACAUUCACAACAAGUGGCUGAACAUACAGAAAGAAAUGUAUCCUGGAGCACCCAGAGAGCUUCAGCGAUUGAGUGAAACAAGGUGGGCUUGCCGGCAUAUAGCUUGCCACACUGUUCUUGAUAGACUACCUGCCAUCAUGCGUCUCCUUGUAGAAGUGGCUUCAGAAAACAGUGGCGAUAGAAGCAUUGAUGCACGAGGCCUGCUCGCUCAAUUUGACCUGCAGUUCAUUGGACUUUUGGUGAUAUGCAAUAAGGUUUUUGGUGAUGCAAGGUGUCUCUCUGACAUGCUACAGUCUCCCUCUCUUGAUUUGUGUUCAGCUGUGGAUCUAGUUCAAGCCCUUGUGCAAAAUGUUCAAGCUUACAGGGAUGAAUCCUACUUUGAAGGACUCUGGAGAGAAAUCUUAAAUACUGCUGAAAAAUGUGAUGUAGAGGUGGAACCUACUUCAAAAAGAAAGACAAAACAGAGCCGGUGGCUAGAUGGACAUGCUGUCAUGUCCUCAACGGGUGAGCGUUCAGAGCAGAGUAUGGACACUUUCCGUACCAGCAUAUUUUACCCUGUGCUGGAUAACAUGCUCAGUGAGCUAAACAGAGGAUUUGCUAAACCAAAUUGUGAAAUAAUGUUGGGAAUCCAAGCCUUAAAUCCGUCAAGUAAUACAUUUUGCCAAGAGCAAGCUCUAUUUGCAUUUGCUUCUAUUUAUGAAUGUAACACAGAUGACCUCAAACACGAGUUACACCAAAUGAAAAGAAUCCUAGAGAGAAAAGUCAAAUCUGGCAUACAGAAGCCCUCUAGCCUAGUAGAACUCACUAAAUUCGUUGAACCCUUUAAAGAGGUAUUCCAUGAGCUCUUCAGGUUAUGCAAAAUUGCUAUUGCCAUACCAGUCAGUACUGCCUCCUGUGAACGCAGCUUUUCCACACUCAAGUUAAUAAAGACACACUUGAGAUCCACUAUGGAUGAUGAUCGACUGAGCAGUCUGGGUAUUUUAAGUGUGGAGUCCAGACGAGCAAAGUCCCUGGACUUGGAUGAAUUUGUUAAUCGAUUUGCUGCCAAUCACAAUAACCGCAGAAUACGUCUGAAAUGA